AUGAGGAGGGCGCUUAAAUGCUUGGUCAAGGUCUCCAAUCUUGGAAUCUGCUGCGAUGCUGGUCUUGGCUUUCUGUUGGGACCGGAUCAUAUAGCACGCAACGCUGCCGCUACCACUGUUGACCCUGUUUUUGCAACCCAGAAUUGGCGCAUUACCAACUCUGAACUUCAACAAAAGAAGCCGACCAUCGUCAGCUUGUCGGAUUUUCACCAACUGCUCAAGGAUAUCAAGGAGCCUGUCUUUGAAAACCCCAUCAGUUUCAAGCGGACCGUACUGCGGAAGAUGGCAUCCGACGCCGGAUAUCAAGACAAUCAGAUUCACGAUGCUGUGAGCAUGAUACUCGACACAGAAGGCACAGAUCUCAACACCAUUGAUUUUGAUGAGAGAGCUUCCCUGCUUAAUAACACGGAAGCUCGGUUCCCAUUGCCGAUGGGUAACUUCGCAUUGCCGAUGGCUAACCGUGCCGAUUUCGAACCUGGCUCUGCAGACAUGGGAAAUUAUCCACUCAUCCCUUCUAGUCUUACAAGAGCACAAAAAGAGAUGCUUCUAGAGCUUGAAUGGGCUCAUCGCGCUAUGAUCCAGUCUUAUGUGAUCGGUCUCAUCGACAAUGCUCGAGCUGGCUGUUUCAUGAAUUUGACAACACUCACAAUUGCCAAAAUCCCAAGCAGCCAUGUGUACAUCUUUAAUCGCCAUGAUCUUUGGCAAAAUCUGCCGUCCCUCAACAAUGUCUCAUUGGGCGUUAUCGCCGACUGGCGGCGUAUCUCUAAACCUGCCCCAGGGUGUGUUGAAGACACUCCAGUAUCUCCCGUCGAUGCUGUGGAGAAGGUGUACCAGCUACUCAACACCUAUAUUGGCGCCCAGACCAAUAUCGAGAGCCUUCACUUUGAAUGGAUUUGCGGUGGGGAGUUUGCACCCUCAACGUUCCAGCGAAACCACUACAUUCUUCCAGCUCCUUUCUUUGAUGACCCUCAGCUCAUGACACGAGUUAGUAGCCCCAGAACUCAUGAAAAGGACAUCCUGGUCCUGCCCUUUAUCAAGCAUUUGUCCUUGAAGAACUGUUGGGCUUCGCCUCACGUCUUUCUUCAAACAAUACGCAACAUGGCUCUUUCUACACUCGAGAAACUUGACUUGGAAUCUGUGUCACUUUCUGGUCCACCAACUCUCACACCACAAGCUCCUCUUCAGGGACAUCACGCCAACGUGAACAAUGCUCAUCUGCUGGGUCUCAUCGCUUUCCCAAUGGGGACCCAGAUGCCACCUCACCCUGGGGCAGGCGGCCAUGGCCAUGGCCCUCCUCCGCCGCCACCACCAAUGGCCCAGAUGUUUCAAAACCUAGUGCAGGCUAACAACCCGCCGCCGGACCCGCUAGGUACACCCUCAGAAACCUUGCAGGAGCCUGAACAACUCUCAUGGGCAGGCAUCAUAGAACACUUCUCUCCUGGCAUCAAGAUCCAGGACAUUUUGGCGGCCAGAGAUGAGACUGGUUCUAGUUCCGACGAGCAGAUGAUAAACCAGCCAGAUCCACUGGGUCAACAUAUACCAUCAUCACAUCGCCUACGUUCUGAUGCGAAGAAGUACACUCUCAAGUGUCUUUCAUUCAAAUCAUGUGGUUAUGUGUCAGUCGAUAUGGUGGAUACGAAUACCAGGAGCAUUUUGCCAUUUGGUACUCAAGGUCUUGCUGGUAAUGGGAACCUUCACAGCUCGAACCUGGGACCUCUGAUGCAGAGGUGUCGUGACAAGCUCCUAGCUCGCAUUGCACCUUUCAUACGACCUCGGGAGUUAUUCCAACUCACCAAUGCCUUUGGUCUGGAUACGGGAUGGGAAAACAUUUACGAUGAACGGACAAUAUCCGAUGCUCUGGGCGAUGGCGUUGAGAGCCCUGGAAGAGGGCGCUUUUCAGGGACAAUCCAUGCUGUCACUAGUACAGAAGCCAGAGCCAGUGGUGCUACGACUACCACUGCCUUUUAG